GUGGAGCAUGGUUUAUUGGCCAAGAAAUAAAGAGAAUGGAGGAAGCCGGUUUAAUUCGUCCGUCGUGCAGUCCGUGGGCAUUCCCCGUCGUAUUGGUCAAGAAGAAAAACGGGAAGAUGAGGUUGUGUGUUGACUUUAGGAAGCUGAAUCAACGAACGAAACGUGAUAGCUACCCCCUCCCUAGAAUUAAUGAGUUAUUGGGAGCUCUCAAGAACUCGACCUG